ACAAGGGGACAGUAAGGAGGCUGCCCCGGGGGUGUCGGGUCGCGGGCCGCGGGGCUCUGUGGCCGCUUCGGCGCCGCGGUGUCCCUCGCAUCCCCCCGCUCUCUGCAUUGGUUCGCGCCGCGGAGCUCGAAGAACCAGCCGUGUGCGCGGUGCCCGAGACACAGCGGUAGCGAGUCCGCGGAGCUCGGUCAGGUCGGAAGGUCCGCUGUGCGGCGGCUGCUGCGUGGCGAUCAUGGCUCUCAAAGUCCGAGUCAUUUACUGUGGCGCUUGAGGCUACAAGCCUAAGUAUCUCCAGCUCAAGAAGAAGCUAGAAGAUGAGUUCCCCGGAUGCCUGGACAUUUGCGGCGAGGGGACUCCCCAGGUCACCGGGUUCUUUGAAGUGAUGGUAGCCGGGAAGCUGGUUCACUCCAAGAAGAGAGGUGAUGGCUAUGUGGACACGGAGAGCAAGUUUCUGAAGCUGGUGGCUGCCAUCAAAGCCGCCUUGGCUCAGGGCUAGAGUGCCCUGAAGGCAGAGACCAGGGACCUCA